AUGCUCGUUUUCAUUUUGUUCGCCACCCUGCUCGGCGGUGCUCUUGGCUGUGUGCCAGGCCAAGGCCGAUCCCCGCCAAUCACUAUAACCGUAACGUCUAAGAUACCAAAAGCCUGGGUCAAUACGGCGGUUAAUGCUUAUCUAAUACCUACUGCUCUCAAGGCCAGCCUAGGGAAAGCGUUCGCACAAGCCGAAUCGGAAAACCCGCAACUAAAGGGCUACUCGAUUGACAAUGUUCACGAGAUCACAAUGGUGCCACCGGCGAACUUCUUCUGCGUCAUAAACAGCACAACAACUGCGACAAACGGAACUAACCCUACGUCUCCGACUCAAGAAGGCGUCUGCACCUUGGACCAGCAGUCCCAGCUCUUUGUCAUCCAAAAUAUACUACCCAACAAUGUCACCGUCACACAAUGGGCGUUCAGCUUUGUUUUGGGCAAGGUGGCCGUCCCGACAACCCAGGGUCAGCUCACAAAGUUUGCCGAUGCGCUGCAGGACGGCUUGGAGGAGGCCGAAAACCUCGACAGCGUCAAAGUGGAUGCGGGAACGCUGGCCGCCUGGCAGGCUGAGAAUCAA